CUCCGCCGCCGCCGCCGCCGCCACACCGAGCAGCCGCGCCGGGGGCCCAGUGCGCCGCCUUCGCAGCCGGUAGCGCCGGGGGCGCUCGCUCGGGGCCGCGCAGCCCGAGACCGGACCGCGGACAGGGGCGGAGGGCGGCGCCCAGGCGCCCGGGCGUGCAGGGGCAGGAUGAGCAUCGAGAUCCCCGCGGGGCUUACGGAGCUGCUGCAGGGCUUCACGGUGGAGGUGCUGAGGCACCAGCCCGCCGACCUGCUGGAGUUCGCGCUGCAGCACUUCACGCGCCUGCAGCAGGAGAGCGAGCGCAGGGGCGCCGCGCGCCUGGGCCAUGAGAGCAGGACCUUCGGGGGCGGCGCCCCCAGCAAGGGUGUCAACUUCGCCGAGGAGCCCAUGCGCUCCGACUCCGAGAACGGCGCGGAGGAGGAGGAGGAGGAGGAGGCCGCGGAAGCAGGCGCGUUCAACGCUCCAGUUAUAAACCGGUUCACGAGGCGUGCCUCAGUUUGUGCAGAAGCUUAUAACCCUGAUGAAGAAGAAGAUGAUGCAGAGUCCAGGAUAAUACAUCCCAAAACUGAUGAUCAAAGAAGCAGAUUACAAGAGGCUUGCAAAGACAUCCUGCUAUUUAAGAACCUGGAUCCAGAGCAGAUGUCUCAAGUGUUAGAUGCCAUGUUUGAAAAAUUGGUCAAAGAAGGGGAGCAUGUAAUUGACCAAGGUGAUGAUGGUGACAACUUUUACGUCAUUGAUAGAGGUACAUUUGAUAUUUAUGUGAAAUGCGAUGGUGUUGGAAGAUGUGUUGGUAACUAUGAUAAUCGUGGGAGUUUUGGAGAACUGGCCUUAAUGUACAAUACACCCAGAGCAGCUACAAUCACCGCUACCUCUCCUGGCGCUCUGUGGGGUUUGGACAGGGUAACCUUCAGGAGAAUAAUUGUGAAAAACAAUGCCAAAAAGAGGAAGAUGUAUGAGAGCUUUAUCGAGUCCCUGCCGUUCCUCAAGUCCCUGGAGGUCUCUGAACGCCUGAAGGUGGUGGAUGUGAUUGGCACCAAAGUUUACAAUGAUGGAGAGCAGAUCAUUGCUCAGGGAGAUUUGGCAGACUCUUUUUUCAUUGUAGAAUCUGGAGAAGUGAAAAUUACUAUGAAAAGAAAGGGUAAAUCAGAAGUGGAAGAGAAUGGUGCUGUGGAAAUCGCUCGGUGUUUUCGGGGACAGUACUUUGGAGAGCUUGCCCUGGUCACCAACAAACCAAGAGCAGCGUCUGCACAUGCCAUUGGGACUGUGAAAUGUUUAGCCAUGGAUGUGCAAGCAUUUGAAAGGCUUUUGGGACCUUGCAUGGAGAUUAUGAAAAGGAACAUCGCCACCUAUGAAGAACAGUUAGUUGCACUGUUUGGAACAAACAUGGAUAUUGUCGAGCCCACUGCAUGAAGCAAAAGAAUGGAGCAGAAAGGAGCGUUAAGCGAAACGGUUCUGCAGUAGUGGUUAGUCCACUGAGAAUGUGUUUGUGUAGAUGCCAAGCACUGUCUGUGACUUCAGGGUGUCCUUUUUUAAACAAAAAAACAUUUACAAUGUGUCAGUAAACAGUAGUGAUUUAAUAGUCAAUAGGCUUUAACAUCACUUUCUAAUGGGUAGUUCAUUUAAAAAAUCAACAUUCAUAAAAAUGACUUUCUAUUCCAUAAAAUUAUUUGACUGAGAGUUUUAUUCAAGUAUAUUGAAAGCAUACAUGUUUAAGAAGACAAUUAAAAGAUGUACUCAUAGGCCAAUCUAUGUUUGGUUUAUUCAAAUAUCAAAUUAGUGACUAUCCCAUUUAAGAGAGAGGUUGGUAGUGACUCAUGCGAUCUAGCAUGGCAUCACAAUCUUUUUAUAAUUCACCAUACAGUAAAAUGUCAGUCAUUUCAUUUUCUAGUUUUUCUGGCUUGAUAAGUUGUGUGUUAGCCUUGGCCUAUUGGUGAAAUGGCAUGAAACAUCAUAUGCAAUUUUAAAAUUUUUUAUAUUUUUGCAAUAAAGUACAUUUUGACUUCUUUGACAAAUGUCAGUGGGUAGCCUACAUAAUUGAGUGGCUUUUGAGACUUGGCAACUUAGUCAUUAUGAUAAUUGGGCAAAGAGUCUUUUAAGAUGAAAGAUCAUAAAUGAGUUUUUCUUUCUUUUUUCCUCCUCAAGACAAGGUUUCUCCAUGCAGCCCUGGCUGUCCUGGAACUCACCUUGUAGACUAGGCUGUCUCUGCCUCUUGAGUGACGGGGAUUAAAGGCAUGUGCCCCCACCACCAAGCCCAUAAUUACAUUUCACAUCAUCACAUACAUAGUUUGACUGCUUCCUUUUAUUUUGCAACCCUUGUAUUCUUUAUAAAUUGCAUUUUGACAUCUAAUGUGACAAAGAUGUCUUAAAAGCUGUUUAAACUUAAUCUGACUUUUUUUUUUGUCCGCUAAAAGUUCUGAAUCUUCUAUUUAGAAAAAGGAAAACUUUCCUAGGAGAAAUCGUUUGGGAUUCCUACCCACAUGCCCACAGGGUACCGCUUUGGUCACCAUGGUGCGGAUACUGCAGCCCUGUACACGCCUGUGCCCAUGGUUUCUUUCCUUUCUCCUUCCCUUCCCUUCCUCUCCUUUACUUUUGUGUCUUCAUGUCAUCAUCACCAACACAAGCUCAUCGAUCAGCAGCCAGUCAACCCUCAGAAACACUACUACAGUGGUGGAAAUGAGUCUGUACGUAAGCAAAGCCAUACAUAAUGAUUAAUGGAAUUUCUGUCUAUACUAAUGAUAAUUAGGCUUUGUCCUUACUUUUAAAGUCAAUUCAGAGCUAAAAGUACACAAAGUACAAAAUUUUAUUAGGUCUUUUUUAAUCACUUGCUUAUUUUUAUGCCAGGUAUAAUGAAUUGUUAUAUACAACCAAAGUAAUAUACUUUUACAUGACUUUCAGAGCCCCAUGACCAAAUGUAGGGACACUAAUUCUCACCAGUUAUUCACCUUUAAAUGGAAAAUUUCAUUUUGGGAAACAUGUUCUAAGAAACAGUGGUGUCUCUAUAUGUGAAUGGUUGUUGUGACCUCAUAAGGGGAUGUUUAUAGUCCUGCUUGCACACGAAAACAUGGCUGGGGUGCUAAUUGGAUAAUGUAUAGGCAAGUUAAAGUAUUUAAACUAUAGCUUUAGUUGUGUCUUAAAAUACUAUUUUUGAAAACUCUGUACGAGAAAGAGCUCUCUCUACAUGAAACAAGGAAAAAUUCCAAAAACAGAAAAAGAAAAAAGCCUCCCAAGUCCCUGGUUCCUCAUUCUGUGUCCUUGGUUCACUUUUCCAAGUUCUCUUGCUGCAUUGAGGAAGCUGAUUGCUAAGGGUCAUGGAACAGCAAAUGCCUGCUGAAUAAAGAACUCCACCCAAGGCUAAAAACGCCAGUUAUUUUCAGUAUUGUUGGUUAUAUUUAAAAUUGCUUAUAAUAAAGCACACUUUUAUAAUAAAUAUUUUAAGCAUUGUUUCUUUAUUAUGGAUUGUCUAGUGUAACAAAAAUCAUGAGAUAUGGUCCAUGGAAGUUAAAAGCCCAUAGUAUAUGAAAGUAUGGUUUUGCAUGAAUGUAGGUCUCUGUAAGAUUUUUAACUACUGGUUAAAUUUUUAACUAUUGUGGUAUGUUGCACAUUAUUUUGGCUAUUUAGAAUAACCAAAUAAAUGACUAACAGGAAUAUAUGUGUAAAACUUUCUAAUUAAAACAGCUCAAGUUUGA